AUGGUCUCAGCAGCCAGGCUCCAUUGGAUCAUCCAGGAGCUAACGAAUGGCCGCCAAGGUGUUGUCAAACUGUGCAGCCACAGCGACAAGCUGAUCAUGCAGAUCUGCCUGUUCCCCGUCUGGCAGCCGACUAUGCGGAACAGCCUCAUGAUAAGUUUGCUCCACAUGGUGCAGCUGGACAUCGACAGCGCUAGUAUCGUGGACCACGGGCACAAGAACUCCAAAGGCGACUCCCACAUCCGUCUUGUCGUGAAGCCCCUUCCGGUUUUCUUCGGAGGCUUCUCUGAUACGCCGCCGGACAUGCGUACUGCGGUGCAGGAGGGCUCCGAGCGCCAGACGCACGCCGAGUCCAUCGGGCCAGUCUUGGCGCACGAGAAGGAUGAGUCGUCCAGCGUGCAGCUUCCUGGUGAAGGUGGCGCGACUGGCUCGGGCUCUGUGGCGAUGGAGAGCGAACCCUGUGCCAAGGAAGAGACUGAUAUUGAUGUGGUGAGGCCCCAGCGGCACGGAAAGGCCAUUGUUCCUCAGCAGCACGGCGAGAAGCACACAUUCGUUCCAGGCAUGGCCGCGCGCCUUGUUGGCCUCAAGGCUAGGAGUCCUGAGAUCGUCUACCAGUGA